UGUCAACAAUUCAAGUUUUAGUUUCAUUUAAUCACCAGCCAUUUAUUUAGUUUGAGUUUUAAAGAUGGAUUAUAAAAAUUUAGCCACAUGGUACAAAGGCAAAUGCCACGCACCGGGUAUAUUAGUGGAGGAGGAGAGCGAAAUUAUGGACUCCACCCAAUGCACUGUGAUUGCGGAUGAGGAAGCUGAUUUGGAAUUGGCCUAUGAUGAACUGGAGACAAUUAAGAGGCGUCUGAUAACACUGCGUGGCAAGCUAUUGAUAAGGUCGCAGAGCUGUGAGGAAGAGAUACCCUAUCAACUGGAGGAUGCCACAUUUCUGACUCAAAAUCAACAACACUUGAUGCAACUGCGACGCAGCAAUUGUGUCCUGAAGUGUCAGCUACGCAAGUUGUUGCAACAUUUGCAUGCCACACGCAGCCAAAUGAAGGUCUUGGAGGCAACUCGCUGCCAGCUAAACAGUCGUCUGACCCACAUGACAGAAGAACUGACCAAAUUCGAGGCAUUUAAGUUGAAAGCCAUGGAUUACUUUGGCCACUGCAUUGAGCGCAACGAGCAAAUCAAGAGUUGCAAAGUGAAUAACGAGGAUUUUGCCUUGAAAAUGAAGGCCAUGAUUUACCACACAGAGUCAAGGAUGCGUCAUCUGGUGCCAAUGCGUUGUCAUCAUCAGCUGCACUAUGACCUCUCCGUGGAGCUCGUCUUGAUUCGCAUCUUUCUGCAAUCCUUGUUCAGCAAUAUGAUUGACGAUUGGAACCAAUGCAAGCGACGUCUCAUACAUUACAAUUGGCGCUGCUCAGCAAUUCUUCCGCCCUCGGACAUUUUUAAAGGUCGCGAUUAAAGUGCAGUUUGGAGUUUUGGUCAUGAA